AUGGCCUUUAUCUCCGCGACUCGGAUUUUGCUCGUACUAUCGUCUAUCUUCUCUCUCUCAUAUGCGCAAAUCCCAGAUGACCUGCCUAUUGACGAUGCCACGAGGCAGUAUCUUGAGUCUUUGCCCGCAGAAAGGCUAGCCAACAUCUUGAAAAUCUUCCAGCAAGCUCUUGACGGUCAGGUUCCCGCAAGACCCGAAGUGAUUGAAGCUCAAGAGCUCUAUUGGAGCUACAAUAGGAGUCCUCCUUUCUACCCAACCCCACAGGCCACAGGAUUAGGCGAUUGGGCCGAUGCUUAUCAGCAGGCAUCGGCAAUAGUUGACCAGAUGACUAUUGAAGAGAAGGUUUCCGUUGUCUCCGGACAAACAUCUACCACAAAUGGAUGCGUGGGCCAAAUACCCGGAGUUCCUCGUCUUGGAUUUCCUGGCAUCUGUGUAGUUGAUGGUCCGAACGGUCUUCAUGGCAUCGCCGCUGUGAACGGCUAUCCAUCUGGCAUCACUAUUGGUGCGACAUGGAACAAAACACUUGCCCUUGAACGUGGUCGAUUUAUGGGUCUGGAGUCCAAGGUGAAGGGGGUUAACAAUCUGCUUGGACCAACAGUUGGGCCCCUUAGCCGUGUAGUCAUGGGCGGCAGGAAUUGGGAAUCUUUUUCGGUGGACCCUUACCUUUGCGGCACCAUGGGUGCUCAAACCGUUUUGGGGAUGCAGGAGCACGUUAUUGCGACUGCAAAACACUUCAUUCUCAACGAGCAGGAGACUAACCGCAAUCCAAGCGCUUUUGGGCUUGGGAACGCGUCUGUAUCGGCUACUGUGGAUGACAAAACGAUACAUGAGCUGUACCUAUGGCCAUUUCAAGAUCUUGUCAAAGCUGGCGUAGGAUCUGUCAUGUGCUCGUACAACCGCAUUAACGGCUCUCAUGGUUGUCAAAAUAGUUACACCUUAAAUUAUCUGCUAAAGACUGAGCUCGCUUUUCAAGGUUAUGUUAUCAGCGACUACGGUGCGUUACACACCGGCAUUGCCGCUGCCAACGCAGGUAUGGAUGUUGUCACACCGUUUCAAGAAGUCUGGGGCAAAAAUCUCACAAUGGCAAUCUCAAAUCGCACAAUGGAUGCUAGUAGGCUCGAUGACAUGGUUAAACGCGUCGUUGCUCCCUGGAUAAAACUUGCGAAAUUUGAACCGGGUUCCGGACUUCCAGCAGAUCUUUCUAAGAAACAUGAGGUCGUGAGCGCAAUGAAUCCUCUGUCUCGAAGGAACACCUUUCAAGGCGCUGCCGAAGGCAUCGUUUUGGUGAAGAACCACAACCACACGCUACCCUUGAAAAAGCCAAAGAUCCUUACUCUUUACGGAUACGAUGCUCAUAUUCCUCUAAAGAACACUCCCGAAGGUCCUAACUCGAAGUACAGCCUAGGAUACCAGAGUGUCAAUGUCACCGAUGAAGAAAUGCAGGGCUUGUUCAUCGGCGUCGGAGACCUGCCUGGGGCCGCGCGAUCCGGCACGCUUCUCAGUGGAGGCGGUAGCGCCUCUAUCAUGCCUGCUCACGUCUCUUCACCCUUCGCGGCUUUCUCGGAAAGGGCGCUUGAGGAUAACACCUUUUUAUUUUGGGAUUUUGAAUCCCGGGAUCCCGUCUAUGCAAACGCCGGCUCUGACGCUUGCAUAGUUUUUAUCAAUGAAUUUGCCGCAGAGGGGCAGGAUAGAUCCACGCUUGCUGACCCUUGGUCAGAUAAGUUGGUGAUCAACGUUGCCUCUAAAUGCCCCAACACUAUUGUAUCUAUCCAUAACGCGGGCACGCGCUUGGUAGACCAAUGGAUCGAACAUCCAAAUAUCACCGCGGUUCUCUUUAGUCAUCUUCCUGGUCAGGAUUCAGGAAGCGCACUCGUAUCAGUCAUGUACGGCGACCAAGCUCCCUCCGGCCGUCUUCCUUACACCGUCGCUAAGAACGAGUCUGAAUACGGCGAUCUCCUCUCUCCUGUACGCGCCGACAAUACCUCUAACUAUUACACAUCCGCCAAUCUGACCGAAGGCGUCUACAUUGACUAUCGCCACUUCGAUGACCAUAACAUUACACCUCGUUUUGAGUUUGGCUUCGGCCUUACAUACACUACUUUUGAAUACGCCAGCCUUAGCAUCGCUCUUACUAAUCUCGGCGCAAAUGCCUCUGCUCUCCCACCAUCUGCGCCUGUGAGCCAAGGCGGUAUCGAGUCCCUCUGGGAUGUGCUAGUCGCUGUUAAAGCCGAAAUCACCAAUACAGGUCUCACUUCCGCGCCUGAAGUUGCUCAGCUGUAUCUUGGUAUUCCAGGCGCGCCAGCGAAGCAGUUACGCGGAUUCGAGAAGAUGCCGUUGGAGGCAGGCGAGAGCACGACUGUUUCCUUUGGCCUUACAAGAAGAGAUCUUAGUGUAUGGGAUACUGUGAAGCAGAGCUGGGUACUACAAAAAGGAAACUAUAUGAUUUAUAUUGGGGCGAGUAGUCGGGACAUAAGACUAAGUGGGAGCUUGACCAUCUGA